CCCUGCACUUGUUCACUUUGACUCUGGUUUCUCUGCAUUGUUGAGCACCCUAUUUGACAUAGAUUUUCAUCGCGAGCUUGUGAUAAGCUAGGCGACAUUUACGAGCAAUGGCUGAUGAAAAGAAGAAACCUGUGGUCAUUAUAACCAUUGGCAUGGCAGGAGCUGGAAAGUCGACCUUCGUGCAGCGAAUCAACUCGUACCUACACUCUCAGGACCCGCCGUCGCCUCCAUACGUCCUUAACCUGGACCCUGCCGUUACACACGUCCCCUACGAGCCGAAUAUCGAUAUACGAGAUACCGUCAACUACCAUGAGGUCAUGAAGGAGUACAAUCUGGGUCCGAACGGCGGUAUCCUAACCGCUCUCAACUUAUUUACGACUAAGUUUGACCAGGUUCUGGAGCUUGUAGAGAAGCGGGCAGAGACAGUCGACUAUGUCGUUCUCGACACCCCUGGGCAAAUAGAAAUCUUCACCUGGUCCGCCUCAGGAGCUAUCAUAACAGAUGCAAUCGCGUCUUCUCUGCCGACCGUGGUCGCAUAUAUUAUCGACACCCCGCGAACGACAGCCCCUGCCACUUUUAUGUCCAACAUGCUCUACGCGUGCAGCAUCCUCUAUAAAACAAAACUUCCCUUCAUCCUUGUGUUCAACAAGACGGACGUGCAGCCACACAACUUUGCCUUGGAAUGGAUGCAGGACUUUGAAGCCUUCCAGGCAGCGCUUGCGGCGCACAAGGGCACGACAGACGACGAGGGCGAGCCGACGUACAUGCACAGCCUGAUGAACAGCAUGAGCCUCGUCCUAGAUGAGUUCUACCGACACCUCACCGCCGUUGGCGUCUCCAGUAUGACUGGCGCUGGUAUCAAGGAAUUCUUCGAUGCCGUCCAGGCCGCGCGGGCCGAGUACGAAAAGGAGUACCUGCCCGAACUCGAGCGCGCGCGCAAAGCUCGCGAGGAUCAGCUGGACGCGGUCAAGCAGGACUCAAUGUCACGUAUGAUGAAGGACCUCGAGCUCGACCGCGCACGGAACCCCGAGAUAGUUGCGCGUGACCGGUGGGAUCCAUCACAGGAAGAAGACGACGAUGCAGACGACGAGCUUGACGUAAACAUCAUUGACCGCAGCGAGGAACGUUGGCCAGGCCAGUACAUCGACGUCACCCAGAUGAGGCGACGAGAUGACCAGGGUGUGAGCUGGCCGCGCCCUGGCUAAUGUACCGAAUCGUGAAACUAGUGUGUGCUUGACGUCUUCGAUGUAUAAAGGAUUACUCUGUAUUUGUUUUUGAGCUGACAGCGAGCACUAUGAGAGCAUUUGCGCGGGGCUUGCCGUGUUUGUUGUGCCUUGUUCUGUUCCGCCACAGGGCUUUCCAAGGCGCAGGGAAACCUUUAGCGGUUAGCACCCUCCGCUAGUCAUGGGUGGGUACAUUGUACCUUCAUCUAUCAACAACUUGAAAAAUACUUCUGUUAACCAUAAUGUGUUCGUAGAUGUCACAAGUAGAUCCGCAUUGAGGUUAGCACCCUGUGGCCUGCGGAAGCAUGUUCUUGUUCGCAGUCCUGCCAUUGCACCCGUAGCCUGGUGGCCAUCGAGGUUACCGAUGGUGAGUUCUCGU